AUGCAUGAAAAGAUUCCCAGUUUUAGGCUUGCUGUGGAAUCAGGUCCCGAAUUCGACGGGGUGCCUCUUGAGAACGCCGUCUUGGGAUGUGGAGUCCACAACUUACACAUUUAUGACAGGAGCAUGGUUAUGGGUCCUAUACCUUACUGGAACAUCACGCUACGAGAGGGUACAUUCACUAUACAGCGAGAUGACAUCGUGGACGAUUCCAACGAGAAAUGCAGCCGUUUUCCCAUCGCUGUUGAUUCUGGAAAGCGCAUAUUUGCGCGUCUGCGCGACGAUCACUCAUUAGUCGUCUACGAUCCCAAUACGAAGAAAUGGUCACCGUACUUCCUCUCUCCAGAAUCACAUCUAAAUUUGGACUCGCUGAACAUACGAGGUCUUCAUGAAACAUUUGGACGAGCCGGUCAUCGAAUGGGUGCUAUCGAAUCUCCGCUUUCUGUCUAUUCAGACGGGCCUGUGGUUGUCGCGAGGAUAAAGCGUCAUCAGAAGCACUUCUUCUAUAGGGUCACUUUCGGUAAGUGUAAUCUAUUAUUGCACGAAAACAAGUGA